AUGUCUACCAAGGCCAGUCGAGUGGCCGUCAUCGGUGCUGGCCCUAGCGGUGCCAUUGCAACCGAUGCUCUCGCAAAAGAAGGGGUUUUCCAGACUAUUCGCGUCUUCGAAAGGAGAUCCGGCAUCGGAGGCACAUGGUUCCCUACACCUCACCUGCCAGUCGGAGUCCCGUCGCUCAGCGACCUCAUAUCCGGCAACGCAGAUGCAGCAGUCUCUAUCCCCACACAACUCCCUGCUGUUACUCCGGUAUCAGAGGCGGUCAACAGCCACCAGCACCGAUUCUCUGAUACCGCCAUACAUGAGAACCUUCACAGCAAUAUUGUUCCUUCUCUCAUGAGUUUUACACAGGAACCACUCCCCGACACAUUGUCUGAGAAGACGCUAGAAGAGUAUGGCCCGGGUGCCCCUUUCCGGCACCAUUCGACGAUUCGCGGCUGGAUUGAGGGCAUCUUCUCUCGCGGGGGGUACGACAAGCUGCUUGAGUUAGAUACCACGGUUGAAAAGGCCGAGAAGGUCAACGGCGAAUGGGUCCUGACCCUCCGGAAGAUUGUGAACGGCCGUAAUUACUGGUGGCGUGAGACCUUCGAUGCCCUGGUUGUGUCAACUGGACACUACAAUGUGCCUUGGUUCCCAGAGUUACCGGGCUUGGUGGAGUUUGACAAGGCCUUCCCUGGCUCUAUCCUCCACAGCAAGCACUACCGAAAAGCCGAAAGGUUCAAGGGAAAGAGGGUCGUGAUCGUGGGCGCCUCGGUAUCUUCGAGCGAGAUAGCGCACGAGAUCCUGGAUGUCGUGCAAGCACCGGUCACGGUGGCGAUUCGCGGGGAACCCAUCCCAGCUUUUGGGUGGGAACCAUUCUUGCAUCCCAAAAUCGAGGUGAGAAAGGGCAUCAGCAAAUUGGACCCUAGCACAGGUGAUGUUCACUUCACCGAUGGAUCAAUUCUGAGCAAGGUCGACCAUGUGAUAUUCGGAACCGGCUAUACAUUCAGCGUACCAUUCCUCCCUGAAGUUCAAAAGCGAGUUCUCAAAGCUUACCGUCGUCUUCCCGGAGUGUAUCAGCACACCUGGAACAUCGAAGACCCGUCGCUGACAUUUGUCGGCAUGCUUGGCGGAGGCUUUACAUUCCGAGCAUACGAGUGGCAAGCCGUGGCCGUAGCCCGGCACCUUGCAGGGCGAGCCAAACCACUGCCACCUAUCCCUGAGCAGCUUGAAUGGGAGCGAAAACGGGUAGAGGAGAAGAUAGGAGGAAAGAAUUACUACAGUAUCGCACCUAAUUAUGAGGAGUACUUCAAAUUUCUCAGAGAUAUCGCAGGAGACCCUGCUCCGGGGACAAACGGACGAAAGCUACCUGAAUUUGACCCUGAGUGGCUGAAGAUUUGGCAGGGCAUGCCACAAAUAAAGAUCGACGGAUGGAAGAGAAAGAGGCUCGCAGCUGAGAAGGAGGCAGGCAUUCCCAAGUCUAAGCUGUAG